GUGCAGCAAUCUAGCUAGCUCCGGCUCCCAAAUAAGUGGUCAGUGCAAGUGAUGGUUGGCGUGAAGUACUGCGUGAUGGAUAGAAAAUACGUGAACAUUGGAAAUUUAUGUAGGUCGUGUUGAGUGUGGCUUUUAAAAUGACAACUUAAUAAAGAUCCAUGGAUUACAAGAGAGAGUUCCACUUGUGAGCAAUCAUGUGGCACUUGGUUAACAACAAAUACUCCGACGAAUUUGUGCCAUCUUGGCUGACGGAAUUUUUUCACAGUUGGCCACACGUCUCGUACCGGGGCUUCGAAAAGUACAGUUCUACGUUUAACCCCGAAGAUCCUAAAUACAUCCAGACGCUCAUCUUCUGGGGUGCAAUCCCAGUGUUGUGGCUACUGGCCAGCCUGUUGUUUGUCAUCCUCUACGGAACAUGCCACUGCUGUAAGAAUAGGAAACGACGGGCUCAUCCUGCGCCCAACAGACAGAAGAAGACACAAUGUUUGAAGUGGAUGAUAAUUACGCUGGCGUUACUCAGCGCAGCAUUUGUGGGUGGGGGUUUGUAUGGCAACGAGACUACUGCCACCGGAGUGCAGCAUUUGGUCCAGUCGGCACAGGAUGUCAACAGCACAAUAGAUACCACCGAGAAAGAGAUCACCACAAUAUACAAUGGCAUCACGGUGGAUCUAAAAGACAAAGUGGACAGUCUUGAGAAAAUCUUCCAGGAGCCCAUCGCCAACCUUACAAGGCAACGCAUGCUGCAGGAGGAGACGCAGGCUCUGCAAAGCAUGGUGGGAUGUGCUGGGAAGAACGUCAGCCAGAUUGAUGCUGCGUACAGCAACAACCUCGAUCUCAGCAGACCCACCACAGAAGUCCAGUAUUAUGAAACGAUCAGGUGGGGUGGUUUUAUUGGUGUCUUCUGUUUUGAACUGAUCAUCUGUUUGGUAGUUCUAUGUGGAGCCUGCACAGGAAAGAGAUGUUCACUUAUCAGCUCGGCCAUACUGUGUGUAAUUGGCAUGGUGAUAGUCUGGUGCUUGGCUGCUGCUGAAACAUUUGUCACACUGGGUGUGAGCGAUUUUUGUGCUGAUCCAGACACCUUCAUUUUCAAACAAGCCAAGAUGUCAACGGACUUGACAGAUGAGUUUCUCAAGUACUACAUGAAAUGUGGCCAAACAGCGAGUCCUUUCAGCAAGGACCUGUCCUCGGCAAACACUGAUCUAGCCUUAGCAGGAACUACCUUGGACAAAAUAGCCUCUCUAUCCAAAGGGUUCUACCCUCGAGCAGAACCUGUGGUUGCACAAGCCAAGACUGCUCUAAAUUCUGUCACCACCUCAGUGUUGACACUUUCAGGAAACCUAGACUGUGCCACGUCCGGAGUCCAUAAAGAUUACAUAACUUCGCUGCACUCGGUCUGCUAUGAUUCAGUGAUUGGAAUCACAAUCAUGUUGCUCAGUGCCAUGCUAGCUGGUCUCCUGUUCACCCUGGUCAUCCUGUGCACCAUCAAUCUGAAUGGCAGACUGCCUAAAAGAAAAAUACCCUACGCGGUAGACCAGGAGGAUCCCUUCUUGCCCCCGAAUGACAACACUGCGACACUGGAACGUUACCGGAGGAACAUGGAUCCACCAUCACCCAGACAGGACAACCGUCCAGCGCCCUUGCCAUCGGACCACCGCGCUAGACCCAUUUCUCUCUCCAGCUCACUGCAGGGUUACAGACCGCACUCUCCCAAACCGAGCGACGCGCCGAAUCUUUUCAACUACCUCCAGCGGGAAGGCCAUGAGCAGGGGCUCAGCAGCUCCAACCAGGCGUGGCCGGUGCCCCGACAGCAGGGGACCAGCAGUGGCUGGGGAGGAGCGACAGGGGCCGGGCCAUCGACCUCCUCCAACCAACCACCUGUCCGUCACGAAGGCUACGAUUCCCCUCCCCCUUCCUAUACUCUCGCAAUGAGCCGUGACAACCAGCGGCGUAACGCAGAGAACGGCCAACAUCAGCAACAAGCUCGUCUCAGCUCGGGCAGCAUUGUCUAACCUACCAGGGCCCAUCACGAAACUCUCUGAGCUCCUUUGUCACCCCAAACUUCAAGAAACAAUCACCUGCCCAAUCAUGCCUGCAGCAAUCAGCACGUCUCACCUUAAGGAGCUGUGUAUUAAUAUGGUAUACCUUGUGACAUGCACAGAGGAUGCAGCCAUAAUUUGAUGAAAAUCAGAAUCAGUACACCCCUCAUCGGUUGAAAAGAGCCACGUUGGUCGGAAGUGUUCGUUUUGCUGGUAGCGAUGCGACCGUAACGCUUGCAUUUCGUAGUCAUUAGGGAACCAUCAAAGUGCAGUUUCGACCAAAGGAGCCUCCGUUGCUAGGGAAUUUCUCAAUUUUUUGUUCCAGCUUGGGGCUCAUAGGUCUUUUUCUGCAGUGUCUUGAGGCUGAAUCCGAAGAGCUUGACCCCCAGAAUAUGCAGAACCUUGAAGCUAUUUUUUGAAGCUCUUUCUAGAUUCUUUGUCACUCACUGAAAGACAUACAGUUCUUGCCUUGAGUUUGAUCAGUGAGUGGAGAAUUGGGCGAGAUGGAAAGCUGUGAUGAAAUCUGCUGUUUUAUAGCAGUUUUAAAAACUAUUUUAGAACAUGAUUGUGAAAAGUUUUUGAACGCAAUUCGGGGUCUUUUCACGUGGUCUUGAAAGGUUAAACUUUUUAUACGAUACUUUUUGAGUAACAUUGACACUCAAAAGUAUGGCAUGGAUAUACUUUUUGAGUCAGGCUGUAGAUAUUUUUAACCCACGCAUAAUUCUCUGCUAUAAUUCUGAUCAGACCUAUUUUACUCUGCUCCGCAAAACGUGACAGACGAUACAGAAGUGCCUGUACAUUGCAAAGGGAUAUCGAUGAAGAAAUGGCAACUGUGUGUCAAGAAAAACAGGUGCCUGUGGUGUGGGAAAACUAGAUGUGAGAUUAUUGCUAAAUGUGCCUAUAAUGUUAUUCCUGGGGAUACGUUUGGCAACAAUUCAAGAAUUUAAGGACCUUCAUACAGAUACAUGUAAGUUGCCGUGAUCCAAAAGCCUAGACCCAAGGCCCAUAUGUACUUGCUAGCAUCGGUGUCGUGGGGUGGGGGUGCUUGCUGUUCCCUGAAAAAUCAACUAAGGAAAAUAAAAAAGGGGAAAUAGAAAAGCAAAAGAAACGGGAAGAAAUGAGGAAAAGUCAUGAAAAUCACCAAGUUGGUUGGAAAAACCCUUUCACCGGGAACAGUUUUUCAGUUUGCUGCUGAUGAAUCUAUUUUUUCUCCCCCCGACAAAAAAUCCCGGCGACGCCUGUGCAUGCCGGAUACUUUUCCCUAAUAUCUGCUCAAUAGUACACGUGUACCUCUUGACCAGUGACAAACAGUCUAAGGCAGCAAAUGGAGCCGAUAUCUGUACAAGGCACGCCCCCAAGGCACCCACGAUAAACCGUUUCUUGUUACUGUUUCAAGCCAGAUGGGCAAGACCAGUCAGGCUCACCACCAUGUUGUUUUAUCACGGGGAGGGAGGACAUUGGUAAAUAAGAAAAUGUCCUCUCGUAAACGUAUGUGUAUAUAUAGAUUUUUUUAGCCCUUGUAGAAUUAUACGUUCAUCACUGCUCCCUUUACAGGGUACGGGGAUCGGCUAAUCCCUUGUAUAGAAUUUUGUGCAGGAUGUACAGACAUGGCAAAGCAUCGUGGGUCGCUUGCAGCCCUGCUUCAGGCAUGUACAUGUACAUCCAUCAUGCAAGUGUACCUGGAAGUGACGACUUCAAAUUCCCUCCCUCCAAUGAGGCUCGAGGAAAUUGCAUCGUGCACUCUUUAAAAACCCCAACCAUCUUUGUGUAUUUCAGGGUGGUGAAGCAAGUGAAGCCCUUUUCAGAAAGUUCCAUCGAAGCAUUUGAAGGGCACAGAACACCUCCACCAUGUUUGAAAGCAGUGCCUUGACAAUUGAAGGCCUACAGAAAUAAUUGACAGUCAGUUUUAUACCUGAUUGAACCAUUCAGUAGUAACAGCCUUACAUAAAGGAACAGAACUUAUGUUAUUAUUUUUAAAUGGACAAGAUGUCACACAUUGUUCUCACGUGUUGAAAUCUGGAUAUUUGCGUUCACAUUUUUAUGCACUUUUUUACAAAAAGCCUCUAUGAUAUGGUAUGCCAAUAUUGUUGUAACACAUCUUGUAACAAAAUCUAAUACUUUUUAAUGCUUUGCAUUUUCUUUUCAUCUGUGUUUUUUUUUU